AAAUACCCCUCACACACCCACUCUUUUUUUUCUUUUUUGUGUGCUUCGUUUGUCAUUGUCAAGUUUCAACUAACCAUUUAACAAAAACCAAAACCAAAACUAAAACCAAAGAAAAAUCAAAGUCAAGUUACCCAAUUCAUCAUCCUCUCUCUCUCUCCUACUUUAUAUAUAUACACAACACAACACAUCCCUCUGAAAGCAUACCCAUAUACCACCCAACCCUAACCAGCCAUGGACUGGUUCUCAUGGCUAUCAAAAACAGGACUCGAGCCCUCCUUAGUAUACGAAUACGGUCUAGCUCUCUCCCACAACGAGCUCGAACAAGACGACAUAGUUUACUUCAACCACGAGUUCCUCCAAAGCAUGGGCAUCUCCAUUGCCAAACACAGGCUAGAAAUCCUCAAACUAGCCAAGUCAGACAGACCACCACCCACCACAACCACCAUGUCGAGACUUCUCAUAGCGAUCAAGCGAACCAAGAGGUGUCUUUCCAAGUACAUUCGGACCUGGGUUCGGCGCGAGGACUCUGCUCUAGUCCUCGUGCCGAGGCGGAGCUAUAGUCAUAGAUGGAAAGGAGCUAUGGCGGCCAAGAAGAGGAACAAGAGGUUGGUUAUGUCAUCGUCCUCGAAGCAAGGGAGGCUUUUCUUAACGAAUGGGAGUCCCAUGGUCAUGAUGUCUGGCCCUGGUCCCAGAAUUAACAGUUUUUCGAGUCCGAUGGUUCAUGAUCUGAAUCAAAAGGUUGAUGAGGAUGGUGGUGCUGAUGAUGAUGAUCCCUACUGGUCGACCGGUGUUGAGGAGAUCAGGUGGGAUACCAUGUUUCAGGAUUUGAAGCCUACCUGAACAAUUUUUUUUUUUUUUUUUUCUCUUUUGGUUUAAUUAUACCGACACUCCUUUAAUUAUUAACGAAUAUCACUUUAUCGCCUCAUUUAUCAACCUGUAUAUUUGAAUCUUUCAACUAUAAAAGUGUAUAAUUUUUUCUCGCUAAAUACCCCUUCCAAGAAGGUUGUUUUUAUACAAUUUUUAUAGUUGAAGGGUAAUACGUACGGGUUCAUAGAUGAGGAGAUAAACUAAUAUUCGCUGGAGUCUUGGUGUGAUCAGUUUUUUUAAAAUCUUGUUUAUGUGUUUUAGGUGUACAAAAUUAAAAUAUAAAAUAUGCACACUAAAAAUAUAUUAUCUGACUAAUAUUUAUUUGAAGAUAAAUCUUUACUAUAUAAUAUAUUUUUUGUGCAUAUUCUGUAUUCUAAUUUCUAUGCGUACUAUUAUUGCAAAUUCAAUGGUGAGAGAUGGUGUUUUUAUGGUUCUUCCACCAGAGAGUUUUUUGUGUGUUUUUUGAGACUUUUUUGUGUUAGCUUUUUCUUUAGUGGUGGUGGUGGUGGGUCAUGCUAAUUGGUAAAUUGGCCACUUUAGCACCAUUAGGGUCUGUCUGAGUGAUGAGAUUGUCUCCUUUCUUUUUCUCUGUUUGUAUGUAUUUUUUAUCUAAUUUGGUAGAAAAAGAGGGCACCAACUGAUAGCAUCUUGUGAAGAAAAUCAUUGUGCUAAGUUUGACAAAAAGACUUGUAAGGCUUACAGUUCUUUC